UUUCCCAGUGUUGGUAGCCAUACAUCAAGAGUGAAGUCAGUAGAUAACAUCAAAGACCACUUGCAGAGGAGAAACAGAGGUCAUAUUCUAUUCAAUCAUGGCUCUACGUGUGAAAUUCUCCAUUUUAAUUUUUAUGCUCACAGGAUGCCACGCAUAUAACUUCUGGCCAUCUUCGUGGUUUAGUCAGCCGAGGAACUUCAGAGCAUCCACGGAUGUGAACUGCACAUCAGAAGGCUACAUCUGCAGCCUCGACUGCAAGACGGUGUACCAGUGCUUUGGGAGCGCUCCGUCGAUCACGCAGAUAUCCCUGGAGACCUGCGACGCCGGUCAGGACUACUACUGCGACCGGUACUCUGGCACCUGCUCCAGCACGUUCACCAACACGUGCGACCCGCCGGAGUACGAGUUCACGUGCACCUCGGUGGGCGUCUUCCCCGACCCGUACAACUGCGCCACGUACCACGAGUGCUACGGCUACGACACGAACCCCACACUGAGCACCCAGCAGUGCUCUGCAGGAUGGCUGUACGACCCACUGCAGAUGACUUGCUCGAAGGAAGGCACCAAGUGCACCAAGCCACCCGUCCCCACCUGCACGGUGGAAAACGCAAUGGGUCCGAUACAGGAAAACCCCAACAUUUACUACAUAUGCAAUAAGAACGGCAAGUACGGCUACCUGUACCCUGUCCUCUACACGUGCCCACACGGCGGAGAGUUCGACGCCACGUUGUUAUCUUGCGUUGACAAGGCUAUCACAUACAGCACGACAACCACGACGCCCAAACCGACAACCACGACUCCCAAGCCGACAACCACGACUCCCAAGCCGACAACCACGACUCCCAAGCCGACAACCACGACUCCCAAGCCGACAACCACGACUCCCAAGCCGACAACCACCACACCCAUACCGACAACCACCACGCCCAUGCCGACAACCACCACGCCCAUGCCGACAACCACGACUCCCAAGCCGACAACCACCACACCAAUACCGACAACCACCACACCAAUACCGACAACCACCACACCCAUACCGACAACCACCACACCCAUACCGACAACCACCACACCCAUACCGACAACCACCACACCCAUACCGACAACCACCACACCCAUACCGACAACCACCAUGCCCCAGCCGACAACCACCACGCCCAAGCCGACAACCACCACACCCAUACCGAUAACCACCACACCCAAGACUACAACCAGCACCCCUACAUCGACUACUCCUGGAGAGUGCAGCUGUGAAGGGGGUAGCUCAGGGGGGUCUGGUUCGGGCACAUGUACUCCUGGAGGCAACAGUACCGCAUUUUACUGUGACGGGAAAGGUGCUUAUGGCGACCCAAACAAUUGUAUAGGGUACUACUGGUGUCCAAUUCAAGGCGGUUUGGCGCAUCACCACUGCUGUGAAUAUGGUUUCCACUUCAAUGAAGUGAUAAGAGACUGUCUUUUUGGACCUUGUAUUCAAAAGUAUUAAAUUUUAUUUUCAAAGUAGCUGUUUUUGGAUGUUUUAACAUGUAAAUUUUUAUUUGUGAUAACUGCCUUUCCAAAUAUUUCAUAUGACAGUUAUAAUGUAUUUACAAACUUAUUGCUAACUUUUUCCGAGUUACUUGCCCUCUGUUUUCUCCUCUGCAUGCGGUGAAACAAUUUGUAACUGCAAUGUAAUAAAAUUAAUAAAGUUAGGUUUUCAUAAACAA